AUGGGGAACGUAAAGUCCGGUGCAAUGCGUCUCUUCUGGGGAUUCCCUGUACAAACUGCAGACUGGAUAACGUCCCUUGCAAAAUUAUACCCAACUCACAACGUGGCGGGUAAGCCAUCCGUUACUUCGCAUUAUUUUAUCUUCCGGGCCCUAAAUUUUAUGACGUCCUAUAUUGCUAGACUUCAGCAUUUAUUUCCUCACUACAUUGAGCCGGUCCCGAGCCACAUUACCCAAGAUGAUCUUGAGUUCCUUCGGUCCAAGGGAGUGUUAGAUUUUCCAGCUCCCCGUAUCCGUGAUAAGCUCUGGACAAGCUAUUUCGAAUUAGUUCACCCGAAUUUACCAAUCCCUGACCGGGACAGAGUAUUGAGGACUCUCGCUGUUCACACUGGCGAACCUAAGAUCAGCCUUUUACUCUUUCACUGCAUCACACUCAGUGCGAAAACAUUUCUGUAUGCUCGACAGCACACUUUAACGAAACCAGCCGCUUUGGAGUCCAUGUUCACUAGGGCCCGUCUUCUCUAUGAUCUUGGAUGGGAAAGAGACAAGCUCGUCUUGCUCCAAUCCCUUCUCUUGAUGACAUAUUAUCCACAACCCAUCGAUAACGCCAGAAGCCCUAUUCAUUUGAUGGCACAGGCGGUGCCACUGGCAUAUUCCUUAGGGUUUCACAUUGAUCCGACGGACCUGCCACUUAAUCCGAGAGAGAAGAUCCUACGGAAGCAGCUCUGGUGGUGCGUCUAUCUUCGUGAGCGCUUCUUGUCACUUGAUCAGGGUUCGCCUUGUAUUAUUCAUGACCGAGAGCAUGAUGCUCCCAUGCUUACUCGGAGCGACUUCGAACAUAUCCCACUAUGCCUCACCAGAAGUGGAAACUAA